UUCCCCUUCCGCCACCGCCCGCGCCAGGCCCGGGCCCCCCGCCGCGGCCCAACCGCGGCCGUCCCAGCACCCUCCGCUGCGUCGUGCCAAGCGGGGGGGGCAUGUGCGCACGCCUGCGGCCCCCCGUCACCAUCCCGGCGCCGCGCCGGGGUUUGCACACGUUUGCACCCCCCUGGCGUGUGCACGCGCUUCCGUGCAAGAGCACACGCGUGUGCACGGCGAUGCACGCGCUCCAGCACGCUGCCCGCACCCGGGACGGCGGGCGGGAGCCGAACCCGGCAGUGAGAUCACACCCAGAUCGGGGGGGUGACAGGGGCUGCUGGCCCUGUCCCCAAAUGUCCCGUCCCGUUUUGCUCCGGGGGCAGCAGGCAGCACAGGCAGGGGCUGCGUUUGCCGCGCGCUGCCCUCGACGCGGUGCCCGCAGCCCCGGGCUCUCGUCCCCAGCCUGAGCGGCUCCGGGGGGCACACGGGGACAAGGCCACCCCAAAACCCCAUGGCGGAGGUGACGGUGGGGCCCCCCCUGCCCUCCUUGGGGUGCAGAGGCGGCUUGGUGGCCUCCUGCCUCCCCGACGCCAGCGGCAUUAUUUCGGAGGGCAUUGGCGCCGGGGAGGAGGUGGCGGGGGGGGGACAGUCCCCGCCGUGCGCGGUGGCACCGCUGCCUCUGUCAAUCAGGCCCUGGCCGCGCUCCCGGCUGGGCCGGCGGCGAAGAUGGAGGCACCGGGGCUGCUCCGGCUCUGGGUGCUGGCAGCCGUGGCCCUCGGGGGUGCCUGGGGCUCCCUCCCCGACCUCAGCCUCUCCUCCGAGACCGAAGCCAUCUUCGUCCACGAGCUGGAGCGGGAGCCGUUCCAGGAGGCCUUCCUCGCCAUGCACGAGGAUGACAGCGAAGCCGCCCCCGAAGGCCCCAUCACCUUCCAGCCCCACCUGCGGGGCCACCCCGACCUGCCCCGCUGGCUGCGGUACGCCCAGCGCGGCCCCUCCGAGCCGGGCUACCUCUACGGCUCGCCCACGGCCGCGGAGGUGGGCACCCACGUCAUCGAGGUGCUGGCGUACGACAGGGACAGCUACGCGACGGCAGCGCAGAGGGUCAUCGUCACCGUCGUGCCCUCCCCAGCCGGGGCGCCGCCGUACCAGGGCGAGUUCUUCGUGGCGAACAGGAACGUGGAGGAGAUGCUGCCGGCGGCGGCGCGGGAGCUCUUCCGGCAGGCCGUGGACGGCGUCUGGGAGCAGGACGACCUGAGCAUCAUCAACAUCACCUCGGCCCUGGACCGGGGCGGCCGCGUCCCGCUGCCCAUCGAGGGCCGCAAGGAGGGGGUGUACGUCAAGGUGGGCUCCCGCGCCGCCUUCUCGCACUGCCUGGCCGCGGCCGCCUCGGCGCAGAGCCGCUUCCGCUGCAGCCUGGGGCAGCAGCCCGUCGCCGCCUGCUACGACACCUUCGGGCCGCAGUUCAGCAUCGACUGGUGCAACCUCACCCUGCUCGAGGUCUCCGCCACCCCCACGGCGCCGGGGCCGGCCUGGGGCCCCGGGGUGCUGGAGGAGGGCGGCGAUUUCGUGCCCCCCACCGCCUCGCUGGCCGGGGACUUCCUCGCCGGCUACCUGCUCACCAUCCUGCUGCCGCUGCUGGUGGCCGCGCUGCUCUGCCUGCUCCUGGGCCACCUCAUGUGCUGCCGCAGGGAGGGAGUGCAAAAAAGGGACAUGGAGACGUCUGACAUCCAGCUGGUCCAUCACACCACCAUCCACGGCAACGCGGAGGAGCUGCGGCACAUGGCCGGCAGCCGCGACGACGUCCCGCGGCCCCUCUCCACCCUGCCCAUGUUCAACGUGCGCACGGGCCAGCGCGCCGACCCCACGCGGGGCCUGGGGGACGCCGCCCGCCUCCCGCUCCUCCCACGCCAGCGGUAAUGGGCUGCUCCGGGUGCUCCUGCCUCUCCUGCUGCCCUGGGCUUGGUGCAAGCGGCCUGGAAAGGUCUCUGCUGCGGUGGGGUGGCGUUGGGCUGGUAAAGCUGCUCUUUAGCAACGA